AUCUCAAACAAAGACACGCAUGGUUACCCCACACUGAUCUUUUUCGAGUGGAACCUCAAGCAGAGAAGCAGCUUCUCUUUUAGAGAAGAAGAAGAACAACAAAAAGGCUUCACUAGAACUAGAUAUAGAGAACAACAACCCCUUUUGUCAAUUUUUCUCUCCCCCUUUUCCCCUACUCUGUUUUCUCAUCCCAAACCCUAAUUCCUUCCCAUAAUCCCAUAUAUGGUUAAAAAAAAAAGGGGAUCGAUCGGGUGUUUUAGGUCUGGAGCUUUCAUAAAUUCCUCAACAGUCUCUUGCAACCGUCAGUUUCAUGAUCUGAAGACAAAGCAGAAGGAAGCAUCUGUACCCUCGUUUCCGUUUCGGAUCGAUGAUCAGAGAAUUGGCUAGCUAGCUUUUAAGACAUGGAUAGUUCCAGUAUUUCUCAUCUCUUUCUUUUUCUCUCCUCUUAUGCCAUGUUUGGUAGUUUUGUAUUUAAUGGCUUUGUAGUAUAAGUAAAGCGGAACCAUCAUCAUCUGUAUCUGUAUAUCUCUGUCUGUCGCUCACGUCUUUCCAUUUUCGGCUAUACCCUCAUGGAUUCCGGUAACAGCGGUAGUAUGCAGUCCUCGAGCGGCGGCGGCGACGACGAGUCGUACGACUCACGCGUGGAGUCGAUCUCGGCCUUGCUGGGUCCCGCCAUGUCUAACCACCACCACCACCCACCGCAACAACAACAACAACAACAACAACAGACGCAACACCACCGUCAUCAUCAUCCUCAGGUUGAGUUCGACACCUUAUCCAACAUCUUCGAUUCCAGGCUCUCAAACCCCAACCCGCUGCUCAACCUCGACAUGGUGUGGUCGAAGACGAUGAGAUCGGACCCAAGUAUGGCCGAUCUUGCUGGCCAGAACGAGCUCAGCCAACCCUAUUUGACCAAUAGUCAACUAGCAGCACAAGUCAGCAGAGGAGGCGGUGCCGGAGGAGGGUCAUCUACUUUCACUCAGCUACCAACCUCGUCAGCCCCGAACGACCAGACCAACACCAACAACAACGUCGGCGGCGUUCGGAACAGCAACCCGAAAAAGAGGUCGAGAGCGUCGAGGCGUGCACCUACUACGGUUCUGACGACAGACACAACUAACUUCCGAGCCAUGGUUCAAGAAUUUACAGGUAUUCCUGCACCCCCAUUUACGAGUUCGCCUUUUCCAAGAAGCAGGUUGGAUUUGUUUGGCUCGUCGGCCACAUCUAUGGCUAGAUCGGGUCCGGGUCAGAAUCAUAUGGAUCCUUCAUCUCUUCCCUCUUAUCUUUUGAGACCAUUCACUCACAAAGCUUCUCUACUACCUUCUCCUUCAUCUCCGUCAUUGUUACCCUCUGGUACUUCAAAUACUAAUAGUAAUAUUGGCGGCUCUAAUCUACAACAGUCUCAGAGUCUUCUGAACAUGAACAACGUGCAGAAUUCUUCCUCUUCUUCAGUUCUGAAUUUUCAGUCCCUCUUUCAAAACCAGCAGCAGCCUCAGUCCAAUUUACCAAAAUACCCACUACCCGGUUCUGGCAAUAAUAUUCUGGGCUCGUCCAAGUCUCAAGGCUCUUUGGGUGUGCUUGAAGAUCAGUUUGUUUUGAGCCAUGGGCUAAAUGUGCACCAGCUUUCUACCAUCAUGUCGUCGUCGUCCUCGGAUGGUGGCCGCACGCUUCAGCCGCAGCAACCUAAUAAUCCGAGGACGACAAACUGGGUUGACAACAACAGCAAGAACAGCGGCAAUGUUGAUCUUCUGAGGUCAGUCCAUGGGGAUUAUAGUAAUGGCAAACUAAACUACGCGGCUUCUUCCUCCUCGAAUGCUGUCGAUAAAGCUGGGGUGCAGCUGGAGAAUAAUGUGAGUGCUACUACAGCUAGAAGUGAAGGUAUAACGGAACCAUGGAUUUGCUCUUCAGAUUAAUUGGGCAUCUGCAUAUCAAUGAGAUAUUCACAAUUACACUUUUAUUGGUAUAAGACGAUGAUGAAGAUGCAUGUGACAGAAUCUUAAUUUGUGUUCUUAACAAUGAUGAUCACCAUAAUUAAACCUUUUCCCUCCCACUUUUGUUUCAUUAUAUGUAAAUAAUAGCUUCUUAGUUUCAUUCAUUUCUGUUCCUACUUCCUAGUGAUCAUUUUCACACUUGUUUCGUACUUUUAUACGAAAGAAAUACCAUCUUGGUCUUUUGUCAACAAUCUCAGUUCUAUCUUAUC